UGCCGUGAGCCCCUCCGCCACUCCAAAGCACACACAGGCGGACUCUCGCAGCAGUCAGAGAGGAGACGCACUCUUGCCGUAUUCUCUGCAGUGGAUCUAUAGUUGUUGGCUUCAUUUUUACACAAAACAAAUAACCGUAGCUGUGUUUCAGCUGCAGGACAGCAGUGAAGGCCCAGGAGAAGAGUGGUUUGGCAGCUUCCUAGCACGUCGCCAUCUCUCUGUCCGAACUCCGGAGGCAACAUCCCUGGGAAGGGCUACAGCCUUCAAUAAAACUACAGUGGGGGAGUUCUUUGAAAAUCUGGCUGUAGUGAUGGACAGGCACACAUUCCCUCCACACAUGAUUUACAAUGUGGAUGAAACAGGCAUCUUUACAGUACAAAAACCAUGGCAGGUUGUGACAGAGAAAGGAAAAAAGCAAGUUGGUUCUAUCACAUCGGCUGAGAGAGGAGAACUGGUGACUGUGGUGUGUGCAGUGAAUACUGCUGGGAAUGCCAUACCUCCCAUGUUUGUCUUCCCCAGAGUUAGGUUUAAGGACGACUUCAUGAUAGGAGCACCUCCAGGAGCCAAAGGUGCCUCCACCAGAACGGGUUGGAUGAAUGAAGACACCUGGCUUGAGUUCCUUGAUCACCUGAUACAGCACACUAAGUGCACUCCUGACCAUCCCAUGCUGCUAAUCCUUGAUAAUCUUAAAGCUCACAUCUCACUCAAGGCAGUAGAAAAAGCAAAGAGCAAUGGUAUUGUUCUGCUCACCCUUCCACCCCACACAUCCCAACGCAUGCAGCCUCUCGACGUGACCGUGUAUGGCCCGUUCAAGACCCUAUACAGCCGAGCUCUUGAUGGGUGGAUGAGAUCUAACUCUGGCAAAACAGUCUCCAUCUACCAGAUUGCAGGACUUGUGAAUGAGGCCUUCUUGUCAGCAGUGACACCACGGAAUAUCACUUCUGGAUUCAAGUCCACUGGGAUUUUCCCAUAUAACCGAGAUAUUUUCCCUGAGGAAGCGUUUGCAUCAUCCAUGGUGUCAGACCGGCCAAAUCCUGAGCUGCAGCCUGCAUCCACUGGUCCAUCCACUUCAGAUGAUCCGGAUGGUCCACGCCCUGCAGAUAAUCCAGAUGAUCCACUCGCUGAUGCUAAUCCAUCCACUGCGCGUGGUCCACAUGGAUGUGCCUCGCCAGCUGACUCAGAUGUGCCACGUGUUCCCAGCCGACCUGGAUAUGUGUCUCCUUGUGAAAUCCUACCACUUCCCAAAUGUCCCCCCAGAGCACAAACCAAAAGAAAGCGUGUGAAGACAGCCAUCCUAACUGAUACUCCUGAGAAGCAGACAAUAGAAAAGGCUUAUGAAGAGAGACAAAAGAAACUGGCAGGGAAAAAGCAAAAUAGCAAAAAAAGGGAAAACCGAAAAAGAAAGCACCCAAAAAGAAAAUCAUACAUAGCAGCUCUGAGGAGAGUGAUGUCCCUGUCCCACUUGAUGAUGAGUUUGACAAAGAGAGCUCUGAGGAUGAGAGAAGUGAUCCUGGAAACACAGAUCUGUCCGUGGGUGACUUUGUCCUCGUUAACUUUGCAACCAAACACAGGAGUCUCCGUUACGUUGGCAUGGUUGAGAAAGUUGAGGAUGACGAAAUACUUACACAAUUCCUCAGAAGAAUCCAGGGAAACAAGAAAGAGUGGGAGAGACCCACGUUUGCUAUAAAAGAAAAUGAUGUGGCACAUGUUCCUAAAGGUGAUGUGGUGAAGAAGCUACCUCAACCUAAUAGGCCUGGAGGAACCACACGGAUAGAGCAACUCUUCACCUUUCCCUGUAACCUUCAGGGCUGGAAUGUAGAGUAGGUCUUGUUAUAGAGUAUGAGGCUGAUGUUCUAAUCCAGGUGGGUCUAGUCCUGUGUUCUGAGUCCGGUCCCAUGACUGUGUUCUAAUCCAACUGGUUCUAUCUGUCUUUUGAAUUAUAUUAUGUUGUAUAUGAUUUUGUUCGGAGUUACUUUCAAGUGUUUAAAAAAAUGUGCUUAAUUGACCAAUCGCCAUGAUUCUGUUACUAGUCCGAUAUUAGUUUUGGAAUGUGUGGUUGUCAAUCUAGCCGUCAGGAUCCUAACCGUUAUAACAUGUGUUGUUAUGGUAGUUUUAAAAUGGAAAAAGUAAGUGGAUCAGUUUACCCCCAGCUGGUUCACUUUACCCCCUUGAUUUCUCUGGUCUGUCUCACUUUACCCCUAAGCUGGGGUAAAGUGAGACACAAGACCACUUUUUAAAAUACAAUCAUAUUUCCACUGCCCUGUGUCCUGAAGACAUUCUGAUCAUUUCCAUUGCUAGGAAACAUCCUGAAUUAAUGGGAAAUGUGUAAAUUUUACUGGUAUAUCAUUUUAGCUCGCCUUGAGGGGAGCAAAUGUAAAAAAUGUCUCACAUUAAAUCCCCUACUAAAUUUUAAGAUUUCUAAAUUA